AAACCUCAAGAAAUGCGCCGGCAGGAUGGAGACUUUAGACAAGUAUACUUCGGCAGGUUGAUUGAAGAAGGCUCCGCACGGUCAUUAGUGACAAAAUUCGAUGUCAAAAAACGAGAAUACUUUGGGAACACGAGCAUGGAGGCAGAGAUAUCUCUUUUGAUGGCUAACCAAGCUCAGGCUUCUCCCUCGAAACUAGUAUACGAUCCCUUCAUUGGCACUGGAAGCAUGGCGUAUGUAAGCUCUGCAAUGACCAGAUACCUUGCCAGCCCCUCCAUUUAUGAAUUUUUAGACCACUGCCUACUUUGGUGCCCACGUAUAUGGCUCUGAUAUUGAUGGGCGGCAGAUGAGGGGUAAAGCAAAAGUGCCCGGAAUCCUCCGAGCUGCUGCGCAAUACGGGGUUGCUGAUAAAAUUAUAGAUUUAUGUACUUUCGACGUGAGAGAUGCGGAGAACUAUUCGAUGUAAUCAUU